AUGGAUCACCAGGGGGCGGCGAUGAUGGGCGGCUGCGGUGGCGGAGGGGUUUAUGGGUAUGCGGAGAUCUGGCCGGAGUUUCAGGUGAGCAGCAAUGCGGCGGCGUAUGGGUUGGGACUGGAUCCGAUGCUGACGGAUCACGGAUCGGGUCAUGACCCGGACGGUAGUGGGUCGAGGAAAAGGAAAGAGGAAGGUGAUGAGGUGUCCGCCAACGGAGGAGCUUCCACCAGCAAUUGUAAUGGCGGCGGCGGCACACCUACUUUUCCGAAUGGAAGUGAUGGUAAGAAACCGAAGGCUAUGGAGUCGAACGAAAAUAAUACAGAAAACGAAAGAGAAUCAAACAAGAAUGCCAAGCAAACUUCGAAACCAGCCGAACAACCUAAGCAAGACUAUAUCCAUGUCCGGGCCAGAAGAGGUCAGGCUACCGAUAGUCACAGUUUAGCCGAAAGAGCUCGCAGAGAAAAGAUUAGUGAAAGGAUGAAGAUUCUCCAAGAUUUAGUGCCCGGUUGUAAUAAAGUUAUCGGCAAAGCUCUUGUGCUCGAUGAGAUUAUUAACUAUAUUCAAUCUUUACAGCGCCAAGUUGAGGUAUAUCUCUCUCUUUCUUCAUGUGUGAGUGCCAAUGUAAGUGAAAAAUGCGUAAUCACAAUCUGUCCUUUGUCGAAGUUUUUAUCAAUGAAGCUUGAAGCAGUAAACGCGAGAGGGACCAUGGAUGGAUAUCCUUCAAAAGAUCAACCUUUUGAGGCUCCCGGAGUAGCAUUCAGUUCACCAAGCGCACGGGAAUACGACAUGGGCUCGUCUCCAGACUGGCUACUGGCUACACAUGCAGAUCGGCGGAAGCUUUGA